UUUCAAGGUGGUUAGAUAUUUUUUAUUUCGGUUUUCCGUUUUUCUGUUCGCAAUGCCCUACUUAGUACUUAAGCAUGGGAGGCAAUUUUGAUGGUAAUAGGCAUUUUUUGGAACGACGGCGCAUGAACCCAGCCGCCGGCAGAGAGAAGGCGAAAGUAUGGAGACGGAAGGUCGAUCGCCCGGCAAAGACUCUGUUUCUUCUAUCGGUAGAGCGUUUCUUUGUGAUAAAGAACAUCGAAAAUGGCAUUGAAUCAAACUGUUCGGUGACGGAGCUGCCAAAUCGCUCUAUGGGUAUGCUGGAAUUGGAGUCCAAGAUUUUCUUGGUGGGCGGUCAAAAGAAAGGCAGUUUCGGUAUGAAUCCUGAUUUCGAUGAUGCCUUUCCCAGAGAAAUCUAUGAGGUGAAACAGCUUUCCGAUUCCGUGUCCAUAGUUCCUUCCACAAUCAUGCCAAAGCUGAACGAGGGGAAGUUCCAUACAAUUGCCCAAAAGUUUGGAAGCAAGAUAUUUGUACUGCACAUGGGCCCUAAUUUCAAGUUGGACAAGUUGACAAGGAGAUACUCAACUAGAGUUUUUGAGUGUUUCGAUUCUGCUUUUCCAGAAAACGGUUGGGUUGUGAAAUCAGGUAUACCCUUUUUUGAUGGUGCCUUGGACGAGGGAGUGUAUAUCGUGCAUGGGUUCUAUAGAAUAGGGGAGAAGCUCUACUUGAACGUGAAUUGGAAAGGAGAGAGGUAUUAUGUUUUUGAUUUCAAGACAGAGGAAUGGUCCAAGGAUGACUGUUUUUAUGUGGGAAAACAUAGCUAUUAUGGCUGUCCAAAGCGUGCUGUCUCAGCUCCUGGUUUAGAUGAUGACACAUAUAUCCUCUUUGGAUACCUUAAUGUGUACUUUUUCGAAGUUCGAGCUACGCUUUUCACGCAAGGAAAAGGAUGCUCCUGUUAUCAAAAUGUGGACGGAAUCUUCGACUUGGAAGGAUUGGGAGGAGACGAGAUGGGCUUAGAUGUGGUUGAGAUAGGAAAUGGUGACUACUUUGGCCUGCUGACAGCUAGGGAAUUCAAAACAGGUGACUAUUAUCUUCUUGUAUCAACCUUUUCACUUGAGGUACUCGCUGCUCGAGUGCCACCUAUCCAAUCUCUCGAUAAGCCUAUCAAAAUGAAAUUCUUAAGCAUUAACCGCAAGAACCAACUGAAAUUCAACAUCACUGGGGUUGAUUUCUCUUAUUUUGCUGGAGCUGCAUGUCUUUAGGUAUUGUUUGCACCUCAGUUUCUCUUUGAGCAUCUAUUUGUGGUGCCUAUAUAUUGCAGUAUAAUUAGAUUUGAACUCCCUAAAAAUGGAUUUUGUGUUCAUUAAUACUACCUUUUAAAUGAUUGCUGGUUCUGCGAGUCUCUGGAUGGUCCCUUUAUGCUGCCCUGCAAGGUUAUGGCCAUGCUUACUUAAUUAGUUCCUUUUAGCUAUGUGUGACCCGCUAGCAGAAUCUUUUAAGCUUCAAUUAAUUUCUAUUAUCCCUGUGUUUAUGAGACUAAAGAGAUGAUCAAUUUUUUAGUGGAACCCUAUACUACCAUUCUUCACGCUGCCACUGUUAGUUAUCUAUUUAUCUACCCAUCUAUCUUAAUUGACAAUUACCAGUUUCAAUUGUGAUUUAAUCCCGUGUACCAUAUUUCUUAUCACUUUAACCGAACGAUCCUAAAACACAUCUACGGCUCUUAUUAAAAGAUCGUUCAUUCCUUUUUUCUUCGCUCACCACAUGUUGUCGUUCACUCCCCUUCUCACAACAGCUGACCAUCCGAGUUCACUCCAUUCCUAGAUGAAAAUGACCUCAAUAACACUUCUUCGCUCAUCGCAAUCCAUCCGAGUUGAAAAGCUAGAGAAGCAGUUCUUCUAAUUCACUUAUCGGAAUCUAUCCGAGUUGAAAAGGUCGAAAGCAAUUCUUCUUCUAAUUCGCUCAUUAGAGUCUUGAAAACCUCGGAAGCUCUCACAUUCCAGGGCCCGGCCGAAUUUCACUUCAAUCCACAUAUGAUUCUAUAUUACAUUCAUGCUCUUCUCAUAUGCCUUUUCAAAUUUGUGUUUGGGAGAGUACACUGCCUUCUUCCAUUCUCUUCUUGAUUUCAAGCUGAAAAGUUAUGGAAAUGUAGAAUAAGAUGGUUGCUCUUCCUUUAGAUGUCAUCAGUUUUCCUGCAAUUUUCCUCUCUUCAAGGUCAACUAAUCCCUCUUUGCUUCUUUAUUCGAAUUUAAAUUUUUAUAAUUGAUUAUUGAGCUGGAUUUCUAUUCGAUUUCAGAUUGUCUCAAAUACAUGACGAUCUUCUGCUACAAAAUCAACCAAGCAAAAUUGAGGUCUUUUUAGAUUCAUAUUCAAUAUUCAUUCUUUAUUUAAUUAUUCAUCAUCUUUAAAUAGAAUAAUUGAUUCCUUCUUUAUUGCUUGAUUUGAUUAAUUUUGCUUUCGGAUCCUAUCUGUUACAUUGUGAAGAAUGGACAUGUGAAGUUAUAACCAAAGUUUUGUUGUUGUAUGCCUUAUAUUUAUUAGAUGUAGAUAUCAAAUAAAGAUGUGAGCCUUUCUUUGCGCAUUCAAUGUUGAUAGAGUGCAAAGGUCUAAAAAUUUAUAGGCGAUUUUCGAGCUACAGCCUCCACAAAGCUGCACUUUUGUAGCAAACGAUGUUAUGUUAAUCUAUAUACUAGAGCUCCUUAUGUAUGAAUAUAUAAUUACCAAGAUGUAUUUCAGUUUUCAGCUUAAAGCAAGGGUGCAUAUCCUUAAAAAAAAUCACAGUUAUUCCUACUCUUCUAACUUACUGUGC